UCAGUAAUCCUGUUAGCAGAGUUUCUCUGUAAUCCUCCCACAGUGUUCAUAUCCUUUCAGGUCUUUACAGGUUCUUCUCCGUAGCUCUGCAGUGCGAUGCAGCUGGACCCUCACUGAACAACUCAGGAUGUUAAGCUGGGUGGUCAAAGUCGUUCCCAAGCCGCCGGAGCCUCCGCCCAAAACACUUGAAGAUCCGAAGGAUGUGAAACCAGCCGCUGCCCCGGCUCCGGCCGCUGCCCCGGCUCCAGCUGCGCAACACCCUCCUGAGAAGAAAGUGACAUUUCAGGAUGAGUGCAAAACCAAGGCUCCAAAGGCUGACAAACCCAAACAGGAAUCAGAGGCAGCAGCAGAGGAGACUGGCCCAGCGCCUGGCUCUCAGCCCGGUGUGUUGACGUGGAUCAGCGGCGCUCUGCCUCAACCGGCCGUCUCACCGAAGCUGAGCCGAGACGACUCCACCACCAAGGAUGAAAAUGCCACAAGAAAAGGGAUGAUGGCUUGGAUCACUCAGGGUUUGGAGAAAGUUGUUCCUCAGCCGGAGCUGAACAAGAAAGAAACAGCUGAGCUGCCCAUCGAGGAGCGCCAACCAGCAGCUGCAAAAGCUGCAGAGCCUCAGAUCACCAUGGUGGAGGGGGCAUCAGAUCAAGAGGACCAAACCGACAACAGACCACUGCCGCCCAGGAUGAUAGAGUGGAUUAAACACGGUCUGGAGAACAUGGUUCCUCAGCCGGAGAGUGUUCGCUCAAAGACAGAAGUCAACAAGAAGACUGAAGCUCCUGCUUCAACUAAAGCAGAAGCUCCGGCACCAAAACCUGCUCCAGCCACAAAACCUUCUGCUGACACUGAGAAGGUUUCUAAUGAAGCAGAGCAGCAGCCAAAUAUUAUGGGCUGGAUGGUCAGUGAGAUCGGACGCAUGUUGCCCCAGCCUGCACAGAAACAGGAGCCCAGCAGUGACGAGGUGCAGAACAUCAGAAUCAUCCAGCAGAAGACGGACCUGGUGCUGGAGGACGUCGGACCCGACGAGGAAGAGAAUCUGACAGAAGAGGCAAAGACCCGGAUAGAUCAAAGCAUUCCAUUGACGGACAGCAUCGAGAAGGAAGCUGGAGAAUUGGUUCAAGCUCACGUGGAGGAAAGCUCUUCCCUGUUGUACAGACUGCAGCAGGAUCAUCUGGAGGCAGCCCGCAACGCAGAGGAGAUGGCCAGGAAGGCAGCGGAGGAGGCAGCGCGACAGCUGGAGGUGGAGCAUUUGGCUAAGAUCAUCACAGAAACGCUGCCAGAGUCCAUCGAGCAACUGUCCAACAUCCCAGAGGAGGAAAACGAGGAUGACGCAGAGUUGCAGAACCUGCAGGAGGAGAGUGAAGACAGCACAGACAGUAGGAGUCCUGAGGAAAAUAAAGUAACAGAGGAAAAUAACAAAGCCACUGUUGAGGAAAAGAAAGAACUCAAUCAGGCAGACCUCAAAAGGAGUCUGGUGGACAUCUGUCCGGCUGAAGAGAAUACCAACAGCACUGCCUUAUCGAUGGAUGCGGAGCCACCAUCGGACAGGAGAGACCUGGACAGUCCGGUCUCCCAAACGAUCACCCAACAACCACAGUCACAAGCUCCAGUAGCCACCACCACCACAGGUUCACAUCAGGUUGUGCAUGUUCAGCAGGAGCCACCACCCCAACAGGUGACAGACAGGAAUCAGGAACUGCAUGUAGAAAGUGGAGAGGCCAAUGCAGAAGAAGAAGGUGGAUGUGGAGGGAGUUGUGGACGAGGUUUGGGUGAAGCUCCGGUGCUGAAGGUGGAGGAUGUGGAUCGGGACGUGGGGCAACAAAAACAAGCCGUGAACAUUCCCAGAAUUAUCACCAGCACAGAACCAGAGUGCAGCCAUCUGACAGUCCAGCUGUCAAAGCUCAGAGCUGCAGACGAGGAAGCAGAUAAUCUGAAGACCUGGUCCAGUCAGGCAAACCUGCAGACUACAGACAGCGAGAUGCGUCCUCUGUCUGCAGCCAGCGUCGGCAGCGCGGCGAUCCAGGAGCGUCUGAGCGAGCUUGUCCAGCUGUUUAAAGGCCGAUUAGAGCUGCGGAGAGACCGACUGGUGGACCCGGACGAGUCUGAGGAAGAAAGUCCUUCAGCCUCCCCGAGCAAGGCUCCACCUCCACCUCCUCCUCCUCCUCCAGAAGAGAAGAAGGAUGACGCGCCUGCAGCAGAAGAAGGAGAAAAAGAAGAAGAAGAGGAGGAAGAGAAGGAACUCAUGCUCCCCUUUGAAAUUUUGGGACGUCCAGUCGUAAUUCCCAGACUGCCCAAACUGCCCAAACUUCCCCCGAUGCCCGACUGGCUCCGAGCCAUCGUGGAGUACCGCUUCCCCUCCAGCAUCGACCCUUUCACCGAUCUGAUCUACGUGAUGUGGCUGUUCUGUGUCGUGGCGGCGUGGAACUGGAACGUGUGGUUGAUCCCAGUCCGCUGGGCGUUCCCCUACCAAACCCCCGAAAACCUCCACCUGUGGCUGCUGAUGGACUACACCUGCGACUUCAUCUACAUCCUCGACAUCCUCGUCUUCCAGCCCCGACUGCAGUUCGUCCGCGGAGGAGACAUCGUGUGUGAUAAAAAGGACAUGAGAGACAACUACAUGACCACCGAAAGAUUUAAGAUGGACAUCAUCAGUCUGUUUCCCAUGGAGAUAUUUUACUUUUUCACUGGAGUGAACUCUCUGCUGAGAUUCCCUCGUCUGCUGAAGUACAUGGCUUUCUUUGAGUUCAACGACAGAAUGGAAGCUGUGAUGAAGAAAGCGUACAUCUACAGGGUGAUCCGAACAUCCUCCUACCUGCUGUACUCUCUGCACAUCAACGCCUGUCUCUUCUACUGGGGCUCAGACUACGAAGGACUGGGAUCCACCAAGUGGGUCUACAAUGGAAAGGGCAACGCUUAUAUCCGCUGUUACUAUUUUGCGGUGAAGACACUGAUCACCAUCGGAGGACUGCCGGACCCCACCACCGUCUUUGAGAUCUGCUUCCAGCUCAUCAACUACUUCGUUGGCGUCUUUGCAUUCUCUAUCAUGAUUGGUCAGAUGAGAGACGUGGUCGGCGCUGCGACCGCCGGUGAGAACUAUUACCGCGCCUGCAUGGACAGCACCAUCAAGUACAUGAACAACUACCACAUCCCCCGGGACGUCCAGAACCGCAUCAAGACCUGGUACGACUACACCUGGAAGAGCCAGGGCAUGCUGGAUGAGCAGGAGCUGCUGGUGCAACUUCCUACCAAGAUGAGGCUGGACAUGGCCGUGGACGUCAACUACAGCAUCAUCAGUAAAGUCGCUUUGUUUCAGGGCUGUGACAGACAGAUGGUGUUCGACAUGCUGACGAGGCUCAAAUCUGUGGUCUACCUGCCCGGAGACUUUGUCUGUAAAAAGGGGGAGAUCGGCAGGGAGAUGUACAUCAUUAAGCAGGGGGAGGUCCAGGUGGUUGGCGGUCCCGACCUGCAGACUGUGUUCGUCACCAUCAGAGCCGGCUCGGUGUUCGGAGAGAUCAGUUUGCUGGCGGGAGGCGGAGGGAACCGACGUACGGCCAACGUGAAGGCGCACGGAUUCGCCAACCUCUUCAUCCUGGAUAAGAAGGACCUUGCAGAGAUCUUGGUGCACUACCCAGAGUCCCAGAAACUCCUCCGCAAGAAGGCCAAGACGAUGUUGACAAAGGACAAGAAGCCGGAUGAGAAGGGCGCGGCUGCAGUGGCGAUGCAGGUCAUUCCGCCCAGACCGGACACCCCCGAGAUGUUCAAGGCGGCGCUGAAGGUGGCGCAGCAGGAAGGAAUAGAGGGCAUCUUCUCCAAAAUGAGGAAAAGCUACGAAGCAUCUGAGGCUCUUCCCUCCAUUUCUCCCUCUCUGAGGCCCCGCAGCUCUUCACUUCCUCUCGCUCUGGUUCAGGACGCCGCCGCCGCGCCGGAGAGCGCCGCCAGCCUGCUGAUCGUCAGCAUGACGCCACAACCAGAAGGAGGGGAGCUGCUCACCGUGGAGGAGAAGAAGGAGUGACAGAAGUAUUUCAAGAAAAAGAGUCCUGAAAAAAGUUGAAUAUUUCAAGAAACACGUUGUGGAGAAAAGUCGUAAUAUUUCACGAAAAAAAUUGUGAUAUUUCAGGAAUAACGGCAUGAAAAAAGUCAAAAUAUUUUCGGAAAAAGAAGCAAAAUAAAAUGUGGGGAAAAUUUUUUUGAUAUUUUAGGAAUAACGGCAUGAAAGAAGUCAAAAUAUUUUAGGAAAGAAGUCAUGAAAACAAAGUUGAAAUAUCUCAAGAAAAAAAGGAAGGAAUGACAGGACGCUGCUGUCCCUACAGGAGAGACUCUGCUUCCCAGAAUGCCUUGCAGCAGCCUCCAGAGAAGAGAUGUGGGCAGAGCGAGAGAGAGAACAACAAAACCCCAGUGCAUUCUGGUCUCUGGAGUUUCUCCACGUUGGGAAACAUGUUGUCAUCCUCCUGGUUUUCUUUGGCACAUUUUGAAGUCCCACAUAGUUUGUCCCACUGAAGCCGCGAAGACAGAUGCAGGAAGAGAUGAAUUCAGGACAUAAAUCAAGAAUUUAAAGGCACAGUGCCAAUAAUAUGACCCCUAAAUUGCGAUUAGGGCUGGGUAUUGACAGGGCUGUGGUACUUGAGUCGGGACCUGGACUUGAGUCGGGACUCAAGGUGCUUUUCUCUUGUCUUGGACUCCAUUGAUGAAGCGCGCUCGUUCAGAAAACAGAUAUUAGUAUGAUUCAAAAUCCAUCUAGAACAGGCAUUGUGAUUGGUCGCCUGGUAAACACCUGGCUGCAUCAUAUACCUCAAUCAUCAGGUAUCUGUCAGUUUAAUUUAGACACAGACACGAUAUCAGAGUGCACUUUGGACUCUGGAUUCUUCAGGACACGUAAUAAGUUCAAGAAUGGGACUGUUCCUAUUUUAUAUUUUAAGUAAAUAAUAUGGCCUGAUUUGAUCCUUUCUUUCUACAGUCUUGACGGUAUCUCAGUUGGACUCUGUCUUGACUUGGACUCUAAUAGUCCUGGUCUUGGACUUGUUGUUGUCCACAACCAGGAGUGGACUUCUUUGUAGAAUAACUCAGGCUUCCAGCUGCUGACGAUGAAAUGCUAAUGAUACACAUCCCUAAUUGUGAUUAUACAACAGUUACCAAGAAAAUAACAAUUAUAAUCAAACUGUAUUCAUAUUGUGAGGCUCUCAAAAUAAUUUUUUUUAAAAAAAGCUGGUUUAUACCCACUUCUGGGAUUGCUCCGGUGCCGCAAUAGAUGUCCGUCCCCUUCCUGUUUCUUUGUGUUGGCGUUCUCAACUCCGGGGGAUUUAUCGCUGCCCUCUCUCUCUGAUAUAUAAUCAGUCUCUUUCGCUCAUCCUUCUACGUUCUUUUUCACCCUUUCAUUUUGUUGAAUUUAUAUCAUUUCUGUCAGGUCCAUUAAAGUCAAGAACAACGCAGACCAUAAAAAUGCUUUAAGAAAUUUUAUUGAAUAAAUUAUGAAUUCAAUUUGGCAGUAUGGCUCUGUUCAGAGGAGUCCCCUGACCUUUCAUGAGCACCGUGAAAAAGCAGAGAGUCAGGGGACAGCAGCAUUAGGGGACGCUCACACAGUUUAAGACUGGGAGAGCUGAACUAUCCCCCCCCACCGGUUCAUAUGGGGGAUAUGAACAGAGCAGUAACGAUGACAUAGAAGCAAAUGCCACGUUAUACACGACAAGGUUGAGCUGAGGAGGUGGGUUGCAAAAAUGUGAGCAGUGAGCAGAAGGAGAAAACUGAAUCAGCUUUAAGUAGGGCGCCCUGUUGUGUGUAGCCAUUUAGCAGCGAGGGGAGUGACCAGCUGCUGCAGAUCAGCUGAUGUAGAUCAGCUGAUGUAGAUCAGCUGAUGCAGCUCAGCUGAUGUGACCAUGUUGUUGGCCAGUAGCGGUCAGCAGCGUCUUGACUACUUGGCCUGCCAGAACAUGCAUUUGUGCUGCAGUUGCAGUAUCAAAGGAGACAUUAAAUAUAAUGUAAAACACAUGUGUAAUAGUAGAGGGUGACAUAAUGCUGUACGGAUUGUAAAGCCAUUUGAGGAAAAUGUGUGAUUUAUAAAUUAUUUAUGAAUUAAAUUCACUUGACCUUA